AUGGCGCCUGUGGUUGCAUAUCGACAAGAACGUCGUGGGGAUAAGAGUGGCAAUCAGCCGAAGGGAAAUGAUGCCAAGCCUGGUGGUGUCGAUGGAGAGAGCAGUGGUGAAGGAGAGGUCAGGCCGGGGCAUCGAAGGAAGCGAUUGACAAGAGAGGAGAGGAAGAUGAAAAGACAGCGCAAGAGCAAGUCGUGCCACCCUAUGUCCGUACCAAGAGGAGACCUUGAAUUCACUGAGGGCAGACUCCCUCAGAG